AUGUGUAUUCGGGCGCCGUACGACAGGGACGACAACAACAAAGCUGCGUACUUUUGCCGCAAGGGUUAUUACGCCUUCAACGCCAUGGUGGUGUGUGACGCAACCCUUCGCAUCACUGCCCUGGAGCCCACAUACCCAGGCUUGGUGCAUGACGCUUUUGUGUGGAGGGCAUCCACCUUGAGCCGGGAGUUCAGCGCUGGCAGCCGUGGCCAGGGUGGCGAAUUCCUGCUUGGUGACAGUAAAUACCCACUGCAGCCUUGGCUGCUCAACCCCAUCCCCGGAGCACAUCAAGCGGGAUCCCCUGCGGCCCAAUUCAAUCGCGCCCACUCCUCUCUGCGGUGUGUCGUGGAACGGUGCUUUCGAGUACUCAAGGCCCGCUUUCGGUGCCUGCAAAGGUACAGGGCACUGUACUAUGGCCCACUCUUCACGUCGAAGAUCGUUGCGGCUUGCGUAGUGCUUUACAACCUUUGUGUCCGGCAGCACCUGCCAGAGCCAGACGACAUCCCUGGAACUGAGGAACGUGAAGAUCCAGACCUUUACAACGAUGGUGACGACGAUGUGGCAGCAGUUGGCAUGUACCAGGCGGGUGCGCAAAGGCGGGAUCACCUUCUGCGGUGUUUUACUGCUUCCCAGGACAGCACAUGA